AUCCUGGAAAACAUAGAUUAAAUAAUGAUUUACAACAUGUUUUUACGAAGGGCAGACGGUAAAUCAUCACAAUAAUGUGCCUGAAAAUCACGCAACCAUUUACAAAGUGCUGUAAAUGUUUGAUAAAUUUCGUUUCAAUCUAUUCCAGCAUAUUUGAGGCAGUUGAUAGCGGAAAAAACUGAGAUGUUGAGUACCAUGACUCUAGCAGCAAAGCUCUUGAUACGGCGCCACACGGAAGACUUUGAGUAUAAAGAUAGAGGCUCACGGUACUGGGGGCGCUAUCUUAAGAUGGCUAACGGCUUGGUUAUCCCAAAGGCAACAAAGGAAUACAACACACAGUUCGAGGGCGAGAAGGGAGGCAGCAAGCGUCGCCAGCACUGUACCUACUGCAAGAACCAUGGCUUCCACUCCCGCAAGACCAACCACAAGUGUCAGUUCGAGACCUGCAAGUGCCUCUUGUGCGAGCUGACGCGCCUCAGUCGCCUCGUCAUGCGCCACCAGCAGCGCCUCUGGCGACACCUCAAGGACACCAAACGAAGAGAGGACGCUGCCGAGGCGUUGAGCGGCGGCGGCGGCAGCGUUGUUCCGGUCACUGGUGGCUCUGGUGGUGGUCCCGGUGGUGGUGGUGGUGGUGAUCCAGGCGUUGGUUCUCUAAUGGGUUCUGUAAUGGGUGGCCCUCCAGGACUGGGGGUCUCCAGUAAACAGCAGUGCGACAUGUGUCGGAACCACGGGGUGAUGGUGGAGAAGCGCGCCCACAAGAACGCCUGCCCCUACCAGACCUGCGUCUGCGCACUCUGUGGACUUACCAAGAAGCGGCGAGACAUAAUGAGACACCAGCAGCGAGUCAGAAGGUCCCAGGUAACGAGCCAACAACGGAACGAAGCCUACGACUACGUGAUGCAGACGACGGCCGAACUCGCUCAGCUCUCCAACGAUGGCCCGCCCGUCGUCAGAGUCACGCCCACCACCACCACCACGAAGCCCACGCCCAUGACCGCCCUCCCGCCGCCGCCCACACCAGAAGCCCCACCAGCCUGCAGUACCUACUCGCCCAUCAGCUGUUCACCUGACACCUUGACUACCAGCAGUCCGGACGCCAGGAACCACCUGAGGGAACCACCUCCUCUGGAAGUGUUGGAAAAUAGUCUGCCAUUGCCGCGCCUCGCCAAGCCCCUGGUGGCGUCGGAUCCCAGGAUGCCGGCGCCUCUGGGGCCAGGACUCCACUCCGACACCUCUCUUCUGGAUGCCGCGGACUACCAGGCCUCCCUAGACAACGCCACGGCAACCUGGAGGAACCUAAAGAGGGAGAGGCAGGAGAUGGACAGCAGAAGACCAAGACUUUUCAGUGAGGCGAGCCUCUUUAGGAACUUUGACUUUGUUCGGAGUAACAACAACCUGAUGGUGCGGGAUGAGGCCAUGAGGAACGUGGAGAGCAUCUGUGCCUACGACUCCGUCAGUAGGAUGGAGCUGGUGACGCACCACGACCCUCCCUUCGUGCCGUCACUGGUGGAGGGCGGCCUGCCCCGCACGGCGCCCACCAAGAAGACGCGCUUCACUCUCACCAACGAGGACUUGUACUACAACCACCGCUUCUGGGGUGCGAACCCCAUGGACACGGGCAUGAGCCUGGCCUCCAACGACCUGCAGCAGGUAAACUACCGCCGGAUGCCCACUAGUGGUUCUCCGGAGGUGAGGAUGAGGUCGCUGCCGGCGCUCAUACCGCUGCACCAGCAACAGCACCAGCCGCUGCGUCCCCAGCCACUAACGCCGCUGAGACACCCGACUUUCCCCCCCAGCAUGGAGUGGGACCCGGCCAACCUGCCGUACCUGGCGGCCUACUCCCUCCUGCAGACCAGCACCUACAACCCCUCCCUCCCCACCACCCCGUUUGGCCUGGGCAGGGUGGCGCCCUUCCUCCACCCGUCAGUACCCUAGUGCCACACCAACAACCCCCAUCCCCCACCAACUCUAAAUAAUGUUUAUAGUGACUCGUGGGGGAAGGGGGCGAGAGGGAAGAGAUCUGGUGGGAGUUCGCCGCGUUUAUCACAAAACCAAGGCCAGUACGGGAGCUCUCAAGAGUCUGGCGUUCCCGGCCGCCCCUUCUCCUGACUUGACCCUCACCAACCAUGGAGAGAGAGCACCCUCUCUGCGACUGGUGGCUCUAGUACUCUUAUUGUAGCUUCCACCCUACACUGGCUAGGGAAAGUCACAGUAAUUGAGCUCUCUUUCUCUCUCUCUCUCUCUCUCUCUCUCUCUCUCUCUCUCUCUCUCUCUCUCUCUCUCUCUCUCUCUCUCU